ACAACGGAAACGGAAAUCAAAAUUAUUCCUUGAAUAAUCCCGAUUAUGUAAUGGCCUUUCCUUCAAAUUCAACCUCCAGAAUUGAUCCAAGUUUAUUGAAUUAUGACAAUAACAUGACAAUGCAUUACGUUCAACCUUAUACAUCAUCUUUACCAUCUUACUAUGGAACAAUUUCUGGAAGCACACCUGCUUUGGGAUAUGAAAAUUUGGCGCAGCAGAUAUCUGGAGAAAAUCGUGUGUCCAAUGCUCCAUUAGUCACGAGAGAUUAUAUGAUCUUGACAGAAGCACAUCCUAAUAAGGGGAAGAAAAAAAGAGGUAGAAAACCAGAAUCUGAUUAUUCACAUAUGUUUCCUUCCUUGUCAUCUCCCACUUCUACCGAUGGAAUUCGUCAGGGUGAGAUCGCCCAUUGUUCAAAUUGUGGAGUAUUCGAUACUCCUGCUUGGAGACGUGAUUUGCAUGGAAUCGCUUUGCUAUGUAAUGCUUGUGGACUUUAGUAGGUUUAAAAUUUCAAAAUUUCUAUGUAGUUAAUUUAUUAUAAUAUAUAAUAAUUUAUAAUGUAAUGUAUAAAUUAUUAUAUUUAUUAAAAGUUUA